UUUUGACUCACUCGGGAGCGCCCCCUCUGGUAGCGGAAGAGAUUGCUGAGUGGUGUUCUCCUCUAUACAGGUUCUUUGCGCUGACUGCUGUUGGAUUCAUGUGUUUCAAUGGCGGUGUAAACAAACGCUGCUCCAGCUCUGGUCCAGUCCACUGCCUGCCUGCUGCCCUCCAUUUCAUUCAAUAUGGCAAUUCCCAUUGCAGUUCUGGACUGUGACCUGCUUCUCCAUGGUCGUGGACACAAAACUCUUGAUCGCUUCGAUAUUGAAACAGUGUCAGAUGAGUUCCUGUUGACGACAUUUGGUUUUCCACGUGAGUUUAUCUAUUACUUGGUGGACCUGCUGAAGGAGGGCUUGUUGAGGCGCACACAGAGGUCGCGAGCCAUUAGCCCCGAUGUUCAGAUCCUUGCGGCUCUUGGAUUCUACACGUCAGGCUCUUUUCAGAGCAAGAUGGGUGAUGCAAUUGGCAUCAGCCAGGCCUCCAUGAGUCGCUGUGUUUCAAAUGUCACCAAAGCUCUGAUCGAGAAGGCGCCUGAGUUUAUAGGCUUCAACAGAGAUGAAGCAGCCAAGCAGCAGUCUAAAGAGGAGUUCUACAGAGUGGCUGGUAUUCCCAAUGUGGUCGGGGUUGUGGACUGUGCACACAUAGCCAUUAAAGCACCUAAUUCUGAGGAUUCGUCAUAUGUCAACAAGAAAGGCUUCCACUCCAUUAACUGCCAGCUGGUGUGUGAUGCCCGAGGGCUCCUGCUGAGUGCUGAGACGCACUGGCCUGGCAGUCUGACGGAUCGGGCUGUAUUUAACCAGUCCAGUGUGUGCAAGCUGUUUGAGGAACAGGUAAACCACGAGGGCUGGCUGUUAGGAGACAAUCGCUACCCUCUGAGAAAGUGGUUGAUGACCCCGGUUCAAAGCCCAGAGACCCCUGCAGACUAUCGAUAUAACCUGGCUCACACAGCAACGCAUGAAAUCGUGGACCGUACAUUUCGGGCUAUCCAGACCCGCUUCCGAUGCCUGGAUGGAGCCAAAGGCUACCUGCAGUAUGCUCCUGAGAAAUGUUCUCGCAUUAUUCAGGCCUGCUGCGUGCUACAUAAUGUCUCACUGCAGUCUGGACUGGAUGCCUGGACUUUUGAGAGAACUGACACCACAGACCAAUCUGAGGAGGGAAAUGACUCAACAGAAAAAGUGGACCUGGAGGCGCUGAGAGUCAGACAGGAACUGAUCCACAAUCACUUUAGCUAGAUUUGAACUGUUAUUGAUGUUCAGCAUGAAAAUGGACUACUCAUUUAGAUCCAUGUUUGUAUCCUGAUUCAUUUUAUCCUGCUUUUCUCCCCAAUCUCAUGCGUCUUCCAAUACAUGUGAAGCCAUGAGCCUCCGCCUCUUUUCAAACUGCUGCUGAUGUAGCAAUACCGAGUAGCAUCACAUCAUGCUCAAAGGAAAGUGCAGUAACCCAACACUUAUACAUCAGCUCACAGAUGCCUGUGCUGACCAUCAUCCUGGAGAGAACAUAACCAGGUCUGCUCUCUUAGGACUGUGAUAUGAGGGAUAGAGUAAUGCAAAUUUAUUUUUUGGAAAUUGUUACUGGUGUUUUGGUUAUUGAAUGUGCCUCUGAGAGAUUGAUGUGUUUAUACUGCUAUGACGAUUGUUUCAGACCAGCUUCAGAGUUUGAAUGAUCAGAUUUGUAUCUGCUUUAAAUUUGUCCUAGGUGCAUUUACACUUAUGCCUUUUAAUUUGGCUGGGCCUUAUAUAAUUGAGUUUCAUAUAUAAUCCUUAAUCUAAAUGAAUUAUCCAUGUGUCAACAGGGUCUAUAUUACUGUACCAAUGAGCUCAAUACUUUGAAGGUAUUUUAGAACGCAAUCCAGACUAAAACACUUUUAAUUAACUCCAAAUUUGGCUUGAAUAGACAGAGACGAAGGAAGUGAAAUUUGUUGAUUUUAAUGACAUCAAAAAAUAAACCCAAAAGGGCACAUGGUGACGUACAUGUCACAAAUCUUUUAAAAAGUGUAAAUUUUCUUACAGCACUUCUACUCUGUCAUGUCCUUAAGUGACAUAUUACAAACAUCCCGAGAGCAUCACUACAGGAUAGAGUGUCAAUGUGUGUUUGUUCAUCUGACCUCAUUUAUAGAAUGUAGGUGUGCUGGGUGAGUUUUGAAGAUAAACUCAUUUUAAAAGUGUAAUUUUUGCUUCAAAUGCUUUAAUUAAAGGUUUUAUUUUUAAUAUGACUAGUUCUGACCUGAUUUCUAGAAUUUGUUUUAAUAACAAUAAUUAGAAAAUGUUUGUGUUAUUUGUGUUACGUCAGGAUUUUAACUUUAAAAUAUGUACAGUCAUGUGCCCACAAUAAUAAUAAAAACAUUAAGGAACUGCU